UGACUUCGGCCGUUUUUGCGACAUCUGGGAUGGAGGCCUAACCAUGCACGCAGGAAGUGUAUCUAGGAACUUUGUCCUGUAUACCCUGUAGCUAGAGGUAUGCAACAUCGAUCAGGGGAGGCGGGAGGGCUGGGGAAUGGCCCGUGUGGUGAGGGGUAUGAUGGAGUGGUGGUACGGCAAGUGCAGGGAGGUGUGAGGGGGUGGGGAGAAGUCCUGGUGGUGAGGGAUGGCUUUUCUGGGGGCAGUGCUGAGCGGGUGUAUAAUGGAGUGGUCGUGGGGCAAGUGCAGGAGGAGGAGGACGAGUGGGAGGAGGAGACAUGGACGGCGAGGAAGGGGAGGACACGAGGGAGGGCAGGAGACAAAGAGGCAUGGCAGAUGAGGAAGUACGAGGAUGAGGAAGGGCAGGAGGAGGACGAACAGGAGGAGGACGAGUCGGAGAAAACGAAAAGGAGAAGGGAGGAGGAGACAUGGAGGAUGAGGAAGGGGAGGAGGAGCAAGCGAGACAUGCUGACGGUCACGGAGGACAUAUGCCCAAAGGUCACGUUCCCAUACAUCGAUGGCAAUCCGGUUAAAGGACCGAAAGAAAAUGACGAGACCUUAGUGGACGUGCGAGUUAGGCGAUUCGUGUGGGAACAUCUGCAGGGAGUUGCGAAAGCACUAGAAAGGUUGGCUAAGUACAACCUUACGGCCAGCGGACCGAAAUCACUACUGUUUCAUAGGGAGGUCACGAUCUUGGGUUUCAGGUGCUUCUUGGAAGGGAGAAGCCCCGAUCCUAAGAAGGCGGACAAAAUCCUGAACUGGCGUAUGCCUCUAAGGACGGUUGGGGAAGUAAGGAGUUUCCUGGGGGUCUGCAGCUUCUGGCGAAUCUUCAUUCCCGGGUUUGCCAGGAUAGCAGAACCUCUUAGAGAAAUGGUGCGACAAGGAGCUAGUUUAGGGUGGUCUGACCAAAGAGAGAAGGUUGCGCGGACACUUCAAGAUAAGUUAAGAGAUGGCGGGGUCGUACUAGGAGUACCUUACUUCGAUGAUGAAAGGGCGAGACCCUUCACCAUUGAAGCCGACGACGGCCCGAUAGCAUUAGGAGGAGUGUUCGUGCAGCGAGAUGAGAAUGGUAAAGAAAGGCCACUUAGAUUUGAGAGUCGCACCCUUAAUUCGGUUGAGAGAGGCUAUAUCCAGUUUAGGAAGGAGCUUCUGGCAAUCCUGCACUGUCUCAGAGUGUUCAAACACUACAUUAUGGGACGAAGAUUCAUCCUAAGAACAGGUUCCACGACAGUUAUUGGUGUUGUUAAGAGACAUCAGCAAGUAGAUACUACGACUGCAAUUGCAGCUCAUGAGCUGGCUGAGAGUUCAAAAAUGGUUGAGCGUCGAUUGAAUGAGAUAAAGGAUGGGUCACAAGAUUUAGAACAGAGUAAGGAUGAUGAGGGAAGGUUUAGAGAGGAAGAAUAUGAUGGAGAGUAUAAGAGGAUCGGUAUGGUGAUGCGUAGUAAUCACUUGAACGAGUUCUACCAUGAGAGAACAAAGAGGAACUUUAGACUACGUAGGGGUCACCUUUUUGUGGAUGCUAAGGAAGGACUACCGCCGCUGAGAGUGGUGUGUGGUAGAGAAAGACGACUAGAGGUGAUCGUCGCGCUGCAUGAAGGUCUAGCAGGGGGUCAUAGGGGAGUUGAUGCUACAUACUAUAAAGUAUCUCGACUAUAUCACUGGGAUGGUCUGAGGGAUAUGGUUAUGAGAUAUUGUACCCUACAGCCAAACGAAGAUAACGGGGUUUGGUAUGACCCAACAGUAAGUGGCGCAGAGCCAGCAGACAAAGAGAAAGGGGUUUGGCAUUACAUGUCAGGAGGACCCAGGUCAGAGGAGGUAGUCGGCCCUUCAAGGGGGAAGGGACCAGUCUCAUAUCUUGGGGAUGGCUACAGUCACUUGGUGGGAGCAGACUUCGUCAUAGAGGCUUUUCGGAAGCCUCUCUAUGGAGACCGUUUUCUGGAGGUUUCAUAUGAUUACAUCUACGGCAAGGGACAAAUCGAGAUCUUGAUCGGUGCCACUGGCAGCAUUUCCCUCGCUGAGGAGUUGUACCUUCGGAGUGUUGCGGACGAGGAGAUGGCUAGAUGUAUGGCAUAUAUCAGCAAGAUCGAUCCUGCAGCAUCUUUUGACAUCAGCUAUGUGGUCCCAGAGUCGAUGGCCACUCAGAGAGGAGUAGGAGUAGGAGUAGGAGAAGAAGAAGAAGAAGAAGAAGAGGAGGAGGAGGAGGAAGAUGGAGAAGAAGAAGAAGAAGAAGAAGAAGAAGAAGAAGAAGAAGAAGAAGAAGAAGAGGAGGAGGAGGAGGAGGAGGAGGAAGAUGGAGAAGAAGAAGAAGAAGAAGAAGAAGAAGAAGAAGAAGAAGAAGAGGAGGAGGAAGGAGAAGAAGAAAAAGAAGAAGAAGAAGAAGAAGAAGAAGAAGAAGAAGAGGAAUAAUUGGACGAAGGAGGAGGAGCUAACAAUUAGUGUCAACUCGAUGCAAUAGGCGGGAUUUGAUCCCGCGAUCCCGAGCUGAAGAACGGUUGAAAAGAUAACGAGUUAAGGCUUCCCGCUGACAGAACACCGGGGCUAGAUUCCACAAGAUUUUUAUUAUUUUUAUUUUCUUUUUGCUCUUAGAUUUGUUGUUCCUUUUAUCCUAUACCUAGAGUCCAUUCCUUUACACACGGGUAGGAGGUUAGAAGAAACGCAAUGAACCCGCCUUGAGAGAAAACGUCAGACUCAUAUCUCCUCCAUAACAAAUCUCGCAACACAUG